AUGGCCCCCGGCGACGAAUACACAGCCGGCGGGGGCGGCAAACUCAAACUCAAAGGCUCCAAAGUCAGCGACGGCCGAGUAGACAAGAAAAAGAAGAAGUCCAAAAAGAGCAAAUCCGACAAGGAAGGUGAGGUUGGCUCCGCGCCGCCGGAAGCUAGACACCCAGAUGAAGACGGGAGGAGCGAGGAGCACCACCCGGACGACCGCACACCUGAUGAUGCGGGCGCAACAGUAGGCAAGACAGAAGCGGAAAGGAAGUACGAAGAGGCGCGAAAGAAGAGGCUCUUGGAACGUCUAAAGCGGGAAGGAGUCAAGACUCACAAGGAGCGAGUGGAGGAGUUGAAUAAGUAUUUGAGCAGGCUGAGUGAGCAUCAUGAUAUGCCGAAGAUUGGACCCGGUUAA